AUGACUGUCAGUGUCAGAUGCCAAGUAGUCAGCUGUGUGGAACUCCAGAAGACGGAGUCGGACAGAAACACAAACAACCAGACGGAGUCGGACAGAAACACAAACAACCAGACGGAGUCAGACAGAAACACAAACAACCAGACGGAGUCGGACAGAAACACAAACAACCAGACGGAGUCGGACAGAAACACAAACACCAAGACGGAGUCGGCACAGAAACACAAACAACCAGACGGACUCGGACAGAAAACACAAACAUACCAGACGGAGUCAGAACAGAAACCACAAACAACCAGGAUCGGAGUCAGACAGAAACACAAACAACCAGACGGAGUCGGACCGAACACAAACAACCAGACGGAGUCGGACGAAACACAACACAACAGACGGAUUCGGACAGAAACACAAACAACCAGACGGAGUCGGACAGAAACACAAACAACCAGACGGGAAGUCGGACAGAAACACAAACAACCAACGGAAGAGUCGGACAGAAAACACAAACAAACCCAGACGGAGUCGGGGACAUGA